CACAGAGUCACUGGACCUUUUGCUAGGGCGCGAAAGCCCGCCAUUUUCUGAAGUUGAGAAGCUAGGGCAUCGAUUUCUGAGCUUGACAAGCCAUGGAGCAGACGCUGUGGAGCCAUUUACCGCUAUUGGUUAGGUCCAAUUCGAAAGAUUCGGUUGAGUACAUUCUUCAGGCUCUUUGGAGGACCCGGAAAACCGGUCUGGACCCGGCCGACCGAGACAUUAUCCGAGAUAUGCUCCAGCUCCAGAACGAAUCGGACCUCGACCCGCUUUUUGUAUGCCUUCGCAUGUUGAUUCGCAGAUGCGUUUACGAUAACAUCGGGAGAGAUGAGAUUCAGAAGCUGUUUCCCAGUGAGGUCUUACCUGAGUUACAGAGACUGUUGACGCUUUUGUUGCAGAAGUUUCAACGAGAAUGGCGGCAAGAUGUACUCAAGGACCAGGGUGCUUUGCCACGGUUAAAGACAAUGACAUGGGACAUGGCGAAUCCGGAUGCAGAAUUCGCAGACCCCGUGGCUGUUAUCAACUUGAAGCUCCUAAAUGAUUCACAGUCUCGCUCAAAAGAAUCGGAAGUGAAGUUUGAAUUAGCUAAUGAUACACUAGAAACAAUGCUGAAUUCCAUGUAUAGCAUAAGAGACCAGUUGUCAAACAUGGGUGAGGCAUCAAAUGACUAUUUAUCUCAAGAUGCAAAUAUGUUGUAGAUAACCCAUAUCCCCUGGAUACAAUGGUAUGGUUUGGCUCAAAUAUUUCUUGUGAUACCAUUUUCGUGACUAAACCUUGCCAGAUUAAUUGAAAGAUGUAAAACUUUUUCUAUUUUUGUGUUGUUUCUGUUGGGGGGUCCAAUCGAAUCUAGCAGUAGAAUCUGUGACUCGAGGUUUUUACUUCACCGUGCCCCAAACUUCAGAGAGGGAUUGGUGUUUAGUCAGGAUUUUAAAAGCAUUUAAAACUCAAGAGUUUCUCUCCCAGAUGAAGCUUUCUUCCUUCCGUUUGUUAUAUUUCAAGAAAAAUGCUGUCAAAAGGCAUAUAUAUCAUGGUUUAUAUAAUGCUGGUAGUGAACCACAAAAGCAUGUCAGAUUUGGCUUAUGGAGUUACUCCUGCCAUUUUUGUUGUCUUAAAAACCUUAAUAACUGAAUAUUUUUUGGAAAACCAAUACCUUGGACAGUAGAGCUGUGCUUUGUAGAUUU